AUGGACAUGGAAAUGAACAUGCCAUCAGUGUUUUCAGCCUCCAUUGAAAUCACAAUCCUCUUCACAGGCUGGACAACCUCAACCACAACGCAAUACAUCUUAACGCUGACCGUUCUAUUCCUCCUCGCCAUCUUCAACCGCUUCCUCGGCGCUCUCAAAUUCCAACUUGAGAAAUCCUGGUCCCAGAAUACCUCUCCCCCUCCAACCCUACUUCUCGCUCCAGUAAAUCCACGACAAAAUAUCCGAAAAGCAAAGCUCAGUCCUCUUCCAGACUACAUGCGCGUGCACGGGGACGAGGAUGACGACGAAGAGACUUUACCAGUUUCAAAUAACGACAAUGAAAUACGAAAUCCGUCGAUAGAGUAUCUCACAGGCGAUAGCCCUCGGAAUAAGACCUCACUGAAACGCCUACUCCCCUCGUGGAAGGCCAGUGGAACGUGGAGUUUCCGAAAAGACGGGACGCGUGCGUUGCUCGAGUGUGCUAGAGCUUUGAUUGGAUAUUUCUUGUGGGUGGUUACACCUACAGCUGUCUACUUGUGUUAA